AUGGGCCUUUUUCCAGUCACCGGAUCUUCGUGGGCGCUCCCGGGCUUCAUUCCCGAUCGCUCGGUGACUCAGCAGAGCCUCUGCAUCGAUCUUCGACUGGCUCUCCGGCUACCCACUGAGGCCUUCAGUCUACAUUCUAAUUCUAACGGACAAUGUGGCCGCAAAGGCUCAUGUGAACCACCUGGGGGGAACCCACUCUCAGCCUCUCUUGCAAGAGGCAGUGCAACUGGGUCUCUGGGCGGAGGCUCACCUGAGGUCCAUACGGGCCUCUCAUAUAUCAGGGGUGGCAAACACACAGGCCGACUGGCUCAGCCGAGUCUCAGUCGACCAGGGGGAGUGGCGACUGAAUCCGGAUAUGUUCCUCGAGAUCACACUCCGCUUCGGGAACCCACUGGUAGACCUCUUUGCCACUCGAGACAAUCGUCAACUGGAUCGGUUCUUCUCAAGGUACCCAGUCCAGGGGGCGGAGGGCAUAGACGCCCUGCGCAGCCCUUGGCCCCCCGGCCUCCUUUAUGCCUUCCCUCCCAUUCCAACAAUACCCAAGGUUAUCAGGAAGAUGCUGAGGGAACAGGCGGAACUCAUCUUGCUGGCUCCACACUGGCCUUGGCGCCCGUGGUUUGCGGACCUGGUGGCUCUCUCAGUGGCUCCCCCGUGGAAACUUCCUCAGACCAAGAUCUCGCUCAGCCAAGGGCAGCUGACUCAUCCGGACCCUCAGUGGUUCAAGCUGACCGCCUGGCGCUUGAGCGGAGCCUCCUGAGGAAGAGACAUGUACCUGCCAAUGUCGCCAACACCAUCCAGGUGUCUCGUCGUAGUUCCACCAUUCGCAUCUACGGCUCGACGUGGCGCACCUUCUACACCUGGUGUUCAAGCAAGAACAUAGACCCUACCACCGCUUCUACGAUCACUAUCCUGAUCUUCCUUCAACACGGAUUGGAACAAGGUCUGGCAGCGAACACGCUUCGACGACAGGUAGCUGCUUUCUCUUCUAUUUUAACUUGCGGUGCUAAACGCUCCCUAGCCCACCGGCCCCUCAUCCGUCAAUUUCUGAGGGGAGCAACCAACCUUUGUCCUCCAGUAGUCCACAGGUAUCCAUCUUGGGACCUCACGAAGGUUCUAACAUCCUUCACCAAGGGCCCCUUUGAACCUUUGCGGGAGUGUGGCCUUUCUAGUAGCCAUCACUUCAGCUCGCAGAAUUUCUGA